AUGUCGCGUCGCUCGUCGCUUACAAAGCUCAUUUUCCUUAGCAUCUUGAUUGCUGUGGGAUUUCUCAACAUCGUUCUCAGCUGUGCCCUAUACGAUAACUGGCUCCCGUUAACAGUGGUGGCGAUCUUCCUUGCAGCACCCAUCCCAAACUCCUUAGCACAAUGCGUUUCUACAUCAUACGACUCAAAUUUUCUAGGCGAUUAUGAUGAUGAUGGAUCCAUGGGAAAUCCUGUUGUUGACUUCUGCCAUUUCCUUACGGGAUUUUUGGUUCUUGGUGGUACCUUUCUUCCAUUGGUACUCUAUCACUGCCAUCUAAUCAAGAUUGGAAGUUUGGCAUUAAGCUUGACUGGAGGUUUCAUCAUUUACAUAAGCAUUGCUCUUUUCACAAUGGGCUUUAAAGACGACGACAACGAUGGGUACGAUUUCUAG